AUGUACAAAGUGUCAGAUGGACAAGGAAGGGGACAGGGGAGUUUCGAAGGCGAAUAUGUACAUUUCAGUCAACGAAAAGCAGAAGCAAUCGAGAGAAAUGUGGCGAGAAAGCCACCAAAUUCCAAUACAAGAUCCGGGGAUAUCACCCCUAUAAAACACGAGAAUAUUCGAAUACCUGAUCCACCCCUUCCCAAUCCCUAG